GGUCGGCAGAGGCCCUGUGGGGCGGUGGGUAUGCGGGGAAGCCAAACCUGUCAGUGUACAGCAACGUUGGUUGCUGGCGCUCUGUGUUUCACCCUGCCUAGGGACACUGGAGAUGAGGAACAGCUGAAGCCGGACAGCAGCUCGAGCAAUGAACGAGAGAGCAGGCCUUCACCCAAGGAGCUGGAAGAGCUGGAGUUGCUGAACAGGGCCUUAGAGAAGGCACUAAAAAUCAGGAAAAGCAUCCUGAAAACUCCACUAGAGGCCCAGGGAGUUAGAGAAAGAGAGAAAGCUGCAAAUGAGGGGCCUGCUCCCAAGAAUGCUCAAGUGCAGCAAGUGCCUAUAGCUAGUGAGGGUGUUCCUGUGACCACCAAGGUGAGACCUGUAAGUAAAAAGCCUGCCUCUUCUAAGAAGCCCUCUUCAUACUUGCCAGCAGCCCCUUAUAGGACUGACCCAGAUGUGAAAAAAACACAUAGGAAAGCCCCAGCCAGAGGCAUCUCUCAAGCUCCUAGGACAGCUGGGAAGAGCCUUUCCAAAGGGGUGGCUUCCAAACAAGUAAGGAAACAUAGGCCAGCCAGUAGCCAAGAAGUCUGUGCUACAGCUGAAUCCCAAAAGACAGCUGGCUUAUCCAGAUGUGCCCUGCUUGAGCAGCAGAGCAUCUCCAUAGGGGAUUCAGCUAGGGGAAAGAAUGCAGUAGCUGGUGGUAGGCAGCUGUUUGAUGCAGGGAAGGAAGGUUGUGGUACACUGGGAGAAUCAAGCAAAAAGGAGGAGUGUACAACUGAAGAUGCUUUGGAAAGGAACAGCUCACCUCAGACAGACACCCUCCAGGAAAAGGGACCCCGGUUGAAGUUUCCCCUUCCCUACAGGAAAGCCUAUUCCAGGAACUCGAGGGCAUGGGAGAGUUGUCGUCUCUGUCAGUCAAGUGCAGAUGCAGCAGCUGCAAGGAACCGUUUUAUAGAGAAAAUCCAGACAACUUUUUGUUCACCGAUGCCAGCUUUCAGUCCAGCAGAGAUAGAGGAGGAAGUAAAGGUCCUGCGGGAUGUCCCUGCCCUUCUGAGCCAGUGUGUGGAAGCUGAGUAUGCAGACCAUCCCACUCUGCAAAGGGAAUAUGAAAGCCUUCUGACCGUGGAGGGUUUGCAAACCGUAGCAUCCCAGUGCUUACAUAAGCUGCAGCUUCUGCGAGAAGCUGCAGAGUCCCAGAUGAGGCUGUGUCCAGACUGCACUGGGGAUGCAGGAAGCUGCUGUCCAGACUCUGUUGCUCCCAGGGGUCAGGCAUGUGGCAGUGCAGGUGUGCUGGCUGUGCCUCUCCUCUGUUAUUCCAGUUUCCAGGAGCUGAGGGACCUGUUUGCCUUGAAGUUGCAAGUGUCAAUGCUGAACCAGGAAAUUACCAUACAAAAGGUCAUGAUGGCAGAACUCCUGCCUGUUCUGGAAUCCAGGCUCCACCCAGAGGCUUCUGCAAUUCAGCUGUAUCGGGCAAUUUACACACAGCUCUGUGAAGGUGGCAAGCGAUUCCCUGUGCUGGUGAGAGAUGAGCUGGCAGAAUGAUCCUGUGUGACCCUCCUACCAGUCAUUCACACAACCAGAGGCAGUUUUAAGCAAUAAGUCUUUUCUGUUAACUUUUAUUCUGCCUGUUUGUCAAACUAAAGAAAAUUAAAUUUCACAUUUUUGGUGUUC